AAGGCUAAGAAACAAUGCUUAUCUGUUUACUUUUCAAAUUUCAAGGUAUCCCUGACUUCCGGACUCCUGGCACAGGGCUCUACAGCAAUCUGGAGAAAUACAAUCUUCCCUUCCCAGAAGCCAUCUUCGAUAUUGAAUACUUCCGCAACAACCCCAAGCCCUUCUUUGUCCUGGCAAAGGAGCUUUAUCCAGGGUCCUUUGCCCCCACCCCGUCCCACUGGUUCAUCCGAUUGCUCCACGACAAAGGCUUGCUUCUAAGGCAUUACACCCAGAAUAUUGAUACCCUGGAGCACGUAGCUGGACUUCCUGCUGACAAAGUAGUAGAGGCACAUGGCACGUUCAGGACCUCCCACUGUCUCAACUGCCGGAAGGAGUACAGUCAGGAGUGGGUCAAAGAGGAAAUCUUCAAGGACAACAUUCCAACAUGCACUGAAUGUAGCGGUCUUGUGAAGCCUGACAUCAUUUUUCCGAGAGAGUCUUCCUGUCGGUUCUUCCAGCUCAUGCAGUCAGACUUCCCUAAAUGUGACCUGCUGAUUAUCCUUGGAACUUCCUUAACUGUUCAGCCAUUUGCAUCUCUUGUUGACAAUGUUCCUGCCAUGUGUCCACGUCUCCUUAUCAACCGGGAAAAAGCAGGGACAGUGGAUCCAAUGAUGGCAAUGUUGCAAGGCAUGUUUGGCAGUGCAGGACUCGCUCUUGAUUCACCCAACAAUAUUCGAGAUGUUGCUCUGCUUGGUGACUGUGAUGAAGGCUGUGUGAAAAUGGCAGAGUACUUAGGAUGGAAGGAUGACAUGCAAGCCUUAUUAGAGUCUACAAAGAAAUAAAA